CUCCAAUCUUCUCUACACUAGUCCCUGAACAUCCACAGAAGAGCUGACUCGUGCAAGGAGGGGCAUAGUACGCCAGACACAAUGGGAGAGCAUAAUGGUGGACGUCUUGCUGCCAUAUUGGUGUCAGUUGCUGGAUAUUUAGUCAGUUUAGUGUUCAAUGGACUGUCUGUGGUGGGAGUUGGUCCUUAUACAACGACCACAGCCAAUGUCUCAGCAGUGUUUGAUACCCAGAUUACACCCUCCGGAUGGACCUUUAACAUAUGGAGCCUCAUCUAUGUUUGGCUUACUGCACUUGUUAUCUACAUUGUCACUGGACUCUGCAGAAAAAAUGGUUAUGGCUACGUCUACUGCAGCCCCUCUGUACUGCCUUACGGUUUCUUUGUUAGUUGGUGCCUCAAUCUGGGUUUCAACAUUGGAUGGUUGAUAGUUUGGGACCAAGGAAAUAUGAUUGUUGCAUUGGUGUUCCUUGUCCUGGUCAUAUGCACAAACUAUUCAAUGAUAUUUUUCAUUUGCCAUGGCCUUCACGUCUAUGGACCCUGGCUGAAAAAACACCACAAGGCAGAUUUGUGGUGUUACAGAAUAAUAGUUCAAAAUGGUGUCAUGAUUUACACAACGUGGACAACAAUUGCAACUCUCAUCAACCUGGCUAUUGUUCUGACAUAUGAAGCUAAUAUGAAUCAAACAGAUGCUGGAACAAUAUCUUACUCAAUUCUCUGUGUGGUUCUGCUUUCAUGGUUUGUUCUAGAGAAUACUGUCCUUGACAAACACGUACGGUACAUCCUCAUUGUGUACCCAGUAGUCAUUUGGGCACUGUCUGGAAAUCUAGACAAAAACUAUAUCCCAGAGUCACCAAACCGCAAUGGAAUUUUUAUUGUGGUUCUGCUGGCCCUAGCCUGCGUGAUCUUUGUCACACGUAUUGGUUUGGUGAUUUGGAGGCACAAAAAGCAGCCCCUCUACAGAGAUGUCAAUCUAGAAGCAAUGGAACCAAUGGACAUAGCUCAGAAGACAAAGAAGUUAUUUCUUUAAAUACCUCAUUCAAUAACACACAGUUUGAUCACCCUGGAGAUGUUACCUAAUGAUGUUAUUGCUUGUAGAACAGAUGUAGGCCUACGGUUUUGU